AUGAAUCAAUAUCAAUAUCAACAACAACAACAACAACAAUUCAAUCAAGAACCAAGAAUGUUUGGAAGAAGAAGAAACUUUGGAAAAUCACAAUCCAACCAUCAGGAAAUCAAUGAUACUCAUGAUCAUUGUUCACACCCAAGAAGACAUCAUCAUCAAGGUCAUUGGAGAUCAUCUGUAGCCAAUCAAUUCAAUGAUCUACCAACUUCAUUCAACAUCGAUGAGCAUCAUUGUCAACAUCAUAGAUUCCAAGGAUGUAAUCAUUCAAACAUUGAAUCAUUCGGAUUCAAUUCAAUUGAAAGAGGAUCUCAUAGAUUCAGACGUUUCUGUGGAUUAGAAAACACCAACAACAACAAUUUUAAUGACUUUGUUGAUCCAAGACCAAGAAGAUCGAGACGUUCCUCCCAUGAUCGAGAAUCAACCAAUCCAACAUCAACAAAUGAUCAAGAAAAUCAAAGUUCUGAACAUGGUUGCCAAGGAAGAAGAAGAAGAUCAAGACAUCAACAAAAUGAUCUCCAGAAUAAUUCAUUAAAUGAAACAAAUACCGCCAAUAAUGAUGACACUUGUUUCAAAUGUGAAAGAAUCGAACAAAAGAUUCAAAAACACCAAUCAAGAUUCCAUUCAUCUGGUGAAUCAACCACCGAUUGUCAUAGAUGCAAGAGAAUUUCAAUGAGAAAAGAAAGACACUUGCAAAAAUCACAUCAAGCUCCUGCACAAACCAAUGAUCUCAAAUCAACAAACAUUGACAUCGAUUGUGACAAUCAAUCAUCUGAUAACAAGAAUCAAGUUUCUACCAAUGAAACAACAACAAACAUUGUUGGUGACAAUCAAGAUUCCAAAGAAAAUAUAAAGAAUGAUAACACAGACACUGAAUCCAACAAAACCAACAAGAAAUGUCACAAACACCAAAGAUUUGGUAUUAGGGGAAGACAAUUCCAACAUUCAAGAUGCCAAAAUAGAUUAAACUCUGGACUCAGAAGAGGAAACAAAUUCAUUGGUGAAGACAACAAUCAUCAUUCUAACAGUACCACCAAAGAGAAUAGAAAUGGAUUCUUGAUCAGAAAACUCAGAACUCAAAAUAUGAGAUUAAGAAGAAUUGUUUCAUUCAACAAUCAAAGAACAUUCAGAAAUCAUGGACAUGGACAUCAAUAUGAUCAAUAUCACCAAACACCGAUCAUUGGACGUAGAAUGAUGAACAGAUUCAUUCAAAGAAGACAAUUCAAUAAUUUCACAUUUGACCCAAGAUUCACUCAACCAAUGCAAUUCACACCGCUCAUGAGAAAUAGAAUCAUGAAUAAUCGUUUCACUCAAAGACCUGAUUUCAAUGGUUUCUCAUUUGCUCCAAGAUUUACUCGUCCAGCAAGAUCAUCAAUGAGUGGUCCAAUGCCCUCGAAUACUCAUGGUCACCACAACUUCAGAAGAUUCAAUAGAUUCAACGGUCAUCAACAACAAGACAAUGUUAAUCAUUAUAAUAAUAUGAUGAUGAAAACAUUCCAAAGACCAUAUUUUGGAAAUCCAUCAUAUUACCCAGCCUACUUUUGUUAA